GUUCUUGUUUUCAUCGUCUGUCGCACGCAGCAGCUCUGCGGCGACAAUGCGCAUCGAAAAGUGUUACUUCUGCUCGGGGCCAGUGUACCCCGGGCAUGGGGUUAUGUUCGUAAGGAACGACUGCAAGUCAUUCAGAUUCUGCAAAUCAAAAUGCCACAAGAACUUCAAGAAGAAGCGUAACCCAAGAAAAACCAGAUGGACCAAAGCAUUCAGAAAGGCAACAGGAAAGGAGUUGACUGUGGAUAACGUCCUGGAGUUCGAGAAACGAAGAAAUAUACCUGUUAAAUACAACAGGGGUCUGUGGGACAAAACAGUGGAAGCCAUGAAGAGGGUGGAGGAAAUCAAACGGAAACGACAGGCAAGAUUUAUCAUGAACAGAUUAAAGAAGGGCAAACAGCUGGAGAGGGAAGAGGACAUCAGCGAAGUGAAGAAAAAUAUUCACCUUAUCAAAGCACCACAUGCAGGAAAGGCCAAACAAAUGGAAGCCAAGAUGGUGCAGAAGCUACAAGAGGACGUGGACAUGGGGGCUGAAGAUGACUAAUCUUGUACCCAAGAGAUUUUGUUUGUGACGACUCUCAUAAACAAGUUGAUUUUGUAUUAUAUUCUACUUCUGUUUUGGAAUUUAAAAUUUCCAUGAUUCCAUGCUGAUGAUCGACACAGUAAUGGAUUCACUUUUAAAUAGCUGUACGAUGAUUGAAAGCAUUGAUUUAACGAAGAUCUGCCCCCAAAGCAGUAUGUAACCACAUACCUUCCAGUCAUUUUUUUUUCCUGUGUGGUAGUUGGGAUUGAAAAUAAUUUACUCUUAUCCUGUUGCAAAGUAAAAUGUAUUUCAGUCAUGCAGAAAAUGUUAAGCGGUAAACAACAAAAAUGUAAUAAACUUCUUUUUGGGUAA